AUCCAAUUGGACGACGCCAAGCAAGCCCAAUCGACGAUGGCGUCGCGCCGGCGGACCUCGUGGGAGGACAAGGUGACGGCGCUCGCGACCUUCCGCGCCGUCCAUGGCCACUGCCGCGUCCCAGCAGAGUACAAGGUCCCGGCGUCGGCGCCGUGGCCGGCGCGCCUGCACGGCCUUCAUCUCGGCCAAAUUGCCCUCGCCCUGCGCAUCUCGGCCAAGUCCUUCUCGCCCGACAGGUUUGCACUGCUUGAAGCGCUCGGCUUUGUCUGGUCACUAAGUCGCAUCGUGUAUCGGACGCUCUUCGUCGUUGACGGCGUGCGCUGCUUGCAGACCACCGAUCUGUCGGUGCUCGUGGCCGCGCUCCAUGCCUACCACGCGCUCCAUGGCGACCUCGAGGUCCCCCAGGACUUUGUCGUGCCCACCAACGACAACGCAUGGCCGAGCGCAGGAGCCAAUCUCUUGCUCUAUUUCACGCCGCAGACGCUCAUGAGCCACUUUUACGAGCUCGCAGCGAACGACGCCAGCGUCGUGCACGGGCUCGGCCUCUGCACGUACCUCCUCAAGUGGCCAGACGUUCUCAAGCUGCUGGCAUUCUACAAGACGCUCACUGGCAGCAACGCGAUUCCGAUCGACUUUGAAGUGCCCUCGAGCGAAGGGUGGCCGGCCGAGUUUACUGGCCGUGCGCUCGGCAAGCUCGCCUGGUACCUCGGCCGGAAGCGCGAGGCGCUGCCCCGCGAAAAGCGCUUUCAGCUCGACAGCUUCAAGAUCGACUUCAACGCGCAUGCUACGUGGUCGCGGGUCGUCGACGGCCUUCGCCACUACCAGUACAUGCAUGGAAGCACGAAUGUUCCCGCAACGUUCGUCGUCCCCAACGCGCCCGCGUGGCCCACUGUCCUCUGUGGCAUGCGCCUCGGCCACUUGUUUGGUCUCGUCGCGCGCGCGUCCGUGCUGCGUCUACUGCCACCAGUGACGCAGCAAGACGUCGAGGGCCUCAACCAAGGGUCGCCGUUGUGCGACGCUGCGCCGCUCUGGGAGUCGACUCUGCUGGGCUUCGAGACGUACCAGAUCAUCCACGGGCACGUCGAUGUUCCAAAGGACUUUUGCGUCCCAAUGGCGUCCUCUCUAUGGCCCUCCGGCUGCCUUGGACUCCAGCUGGGCGCCGUCGCCACCUUGCUGCGCGAGUCGUCGUCGCUGCACGCCGACCGCAUCGCGGUGCUCGAGAAACUCGGGCUCAAGCGCCACCUCAUCAAGGCAACGUACGUUGUUGAAGAUGGCUGCAGUGGCGUUGCCCGUGUGUCGUCUGUCGACAUCGGUCCGUCUUCUGCAACCACCGACCGGCCCCGGGGCAAUCGCCAGUGGUCGUGGGAAGACAAACUCGAGGCGCUCGUCAUUUUCCGAGACGAGCACCGACACCUCGCCGUUCCCUCGACGCUGAUCGUCCCGGCGACAGCUCCGUACCCGGCUCAUUUACACGGUUUGCCGCUGGGCAAGGUUGUGAGCCGCUUACGCCACGGGUCCAAGCGGCUACGGCCCGACCGGCUCCGCGACCUCGACACGAUCGGGUUUCUCUGGCGCGUCCGGGGCUCCGGCUCGCGCUGUCGUGUCCUUUUGCCGAACGACCCCGACAUUCAGAUUCGGCCAGUGGCAUUUGACGCGCUCAUCGAGGCGCUGGUGACGUUCCAGCGCCUCCACGGGCAUCUCGACGUCCCCGAUGGCUUUGUUGUACCCGACGACGCCGCGUGGCCCACCGCCGCGCACCAUGUCGUGCUCAACUGCGUCAUUCCAUUGCUUCGGGCGCAGUUGUACGAGCUCUCGGAUGCCGACGCUGAGCGCGUGCACGCUGCCGGUAUCGUCACGGACCUGCCCAACUUUGAUACGCUCUUACGCCUCGUGGCGAUCUACCGCCAAGUGUAUCGCACCGGUGCGGUCCGUCGCGACUUUGCGGUGCCAUCCACGGGCGACGAGUGGCCCGACGACUGGCGGGGUCUGGCGCUCGGCGACCUCGCGUGGACGCUCGGACUCAAGGCCCAUGGACUGGACAAGGUGCGGCGCGCGCGGCUCAAGGCCACCGGCUACGUCUUCAACUCGCCGGCGACCUGGGCGCGCAUCGUCCGCGGCUGGCGAGAGUACUACAAGCUGCAUGGCUCGACGGCGGUACCAAAUUUGUUUGUCGUACCAGCGUCACCCGAGUGGCCCACGGAAGUUCACGGUCUCCGGCUCGGGCACUGGGUCGACGUGAUCACAAAGGCGCGGGGAUUUCGGUUCUUGCCGGCAGAGACCGUCGCGGCCAUCGAUGCGCUCACAACGGACGAUCCCAGGGACGAUACUGAGGACCACCGCGCCUUGUCGCCGCCAACUCGGACACCCGAUGUGUUGCCCAGUGACACGGUCGUUACACCGUCCAGUGACGUCGUUGCGUCGUCGCCAGCUCUGACAGCUCUAAUUCCAGCGAAGACGUUGCCCAGUGACACGGUCGUGACACCGUCCCGUGACGUCGUUGCGUCGUCGCCAGCUUCGAUUCCAUCGUCAGCUCUAAUUCCAGCGAAGACUGUGGAGGCGCGGCGUCUGAGCAUGUACCUGGGUCUCUUGGAUAUGUGGCUGCAAAGCACGCGGACUCGUUGCGAGUCGACGGUCCUCGGUGCCGUGACGCCCGCCUGCCCUCCGGUGCUGCGAGGUCUGCCCAUCUGGGCGUGUCUCCUCCGGCUCGAGGUUGGCCAAGUGUUCGAGAACACACACCACAGGCCGCAACUCCUCGCCCGCGGCAUCGACCUUGAUGCGCGCUGGCGCUCCAAGCUCGAAGCGCUCGCGACGUUCAAGGCCAUUUACAACCAUUUGCGAGUGCCGCGGUCGUUCGUCAUCGAAGCCUCCGACGUCUGGCCGCCAGCGAUGCACAGCUUUCCUCUCGGUGACGCCGUCUCGUGGCUGCGCAAGCUGGGCCGGGCGGGUGUCGUCGAAUGGGCCGUCGCACAGCUCGACGCGCUCGGCUUCAAGUGGGACACGGACGAGGGUACCCAGAACGAGAACACGGUCGACCUCACGGCCCGCCACGAGCCGGCACGCGCCACUACGAUCUUAGCGUCGUCUCCCGGUGAGAUCUGGGACUUGCGUCCGGUUCCAGUGUUCUGCCUCGAAGAGCCGGCCGAGUGGAGCGCUUUUCUCGAAGCCCUCUACCAGUUUCGCGACUACUAUGGGCAUUUGAACGUCCCGUUCGACUACAUGACGGGCUCGGCGCUGCCGCUUGGCCACUUGGUGCAGCAGCUCAACAACGGCCACAUACGGCUGUCCAGGGCUCGGCGGGCCGCCUUGGUCGCUCUCAAGCCGUAGACGUAACCCCACAAUGAAACAAAAUAGUGAUUGGGCGUCGUUGUA